AUGAAUAAAUGUGAUCGUUGUGAAAAACCGAAAGCUAAAAGAACACCUGGAUUAGAAUGCAGCAAAUGCGAAAAAAUUGUGCACGCGAUCCAGGCCUGUACUAAUCUUUCGUCUAAACAGAUCGCAGCAUUACGCAACGUAGAUAGCCUGGAAUGGACUUGCAAGGAUUAUCAACGUUUCACACCGGUAAGAAAAUCGUAUAUUAUACCAGAAGAAGAAGAAAAAGUAGAACAAAAUGAACAAACUCAAGAUCAUUCGUAUUAUAAGCCAUUAAUAGACAUUAAAAAGUUACUGAAGGAUAUUUCAAAGGAAGUUGGUGUCACUAUAAAGCGCGAAUUGGAGCCAAUCCAAUCUUCUAUAAGUUACUGUCACGACAAACUACAUGAGGUGCUCGACAAUGUGGAUCUUCUAAAAUGA